CUAUGCAGCUAAGUUAGUGUACAGAUAUAUACCAAAGAGAGCAGAGAUAUUUGAACAAGUAACACGAGUGACAUCCGCAGCCAUGCGAUCAUGGGGAUACCUUGCGUUUUUAACCAUCUACAUUAGUUCAUCUUCAGAAGGUCUCAGCAACACUGGUGCACAUGUCUGUCAUCACACCGUGACAAACGUCGGUUCCUAUCAAGAGAGAUACACGUCGCACUGUGGGUUUCUUAACAUGAGACGGUGUUCUCAUCAUCGAACAAGGUACCGCGUAGAUUCACGUGUAGUGUAUGAAUGCUGCCCGGGAUGGCGAAGUACCAACGGUGUCGACUGCAGCACAGCCAUCUGUUACGACAAGGACAACACCAACGGAGCCUGUAACCAGAGAGGAAGCUGUGUUGCACCAAACAAGUGUUCCUGUCACACUGGCUAUACAGGAUCACAAUGUGAAAAAUGUCUUGAUGCUCGAGGCGAUUCUGAACAUUCAAUCUGGUGGAACAUUAACAGCCAUCCUGACUGUGCUCUGACCUGUUCCUGGAAGAACCAAUGGUGUUGGCCCGGCGACUGUCCAGAUGCGGCCAACAGAAAUCUGAGGACAAAUUGUAAAUGUAGGGCCGGCUUCGUUAAGAAGGAUGGCGGUUCCAGCUACACAAAGUGUGACCUUACAUACAAACCCGAACUUCUAUCCUGCCACAUUGGAAUGACUGAUGAACACCACAGCAUAAGAAACUCCACACACGGGUCCAACACCAGGUGUUCACAUGAAACAGAUACUUAUGUCAACUUGAAGCCCAACUCUGUCUACUAUCUGUUUUUCUCAAAGUUCGACAACAUUGACAUCACAAAACCCCCGAACUAUGUCUACGACCAAGGCUAUGGAAUAGUUACGUCAUGGGCAAAAUUGAAGAAGAUUCUCAUAAACGGAGCAGAGACUAGUCUGUCUACAGUAUCAUUGCAUGGGGGAAGUGACUGUUCGAAAGCUCUGAGUGACACUUCACCAUCUAGCAAUCUGGCAUGUUCAAGAACUCAACCAAUAUCAAUAGACAUGCUUGAUGGAGAGAGACUAUGCGUCCAAUUUUCUACUACUGGUGGAGGAUUUUUCAAGUAUCAGGACUUUGACGGACAUCCUGUAGGAACCCAGAUCUACAGUCAUCAGAGUUCCACCAAACAGCUGUGUUUCCGGUAUGAUAUUGGGCAACCAGUACACUGCUCCAAACUCAACACAGGACACUGUAUGUCACAACCACUUGAACUAUCAACCCGCAUUACACGAACUGGUGUAUUCCAUGUAAAAACCUUUGGCUGGUCAGACCCGGUUCCGAAAGGAGGAAAGACUGAUGCAGCAUCGGGUUUGAAGUACACUAAAAUAAAAGUUCUGAAAACUGAACAUAAAGGAAAUGUGAUCGACGUAAUACACACGCCACUGAAAGGUUUGGAUUUAAAAUAUGAUAACAAGUUUCAGCUAGACAUACCUAUUCACCUGCCAAACGCAAAUGGGCUGUAUGCAGUCAUUCUGGAGGUACAUGACACGGCUGGAAACAUACAAAAUGUGCGGCGAUUGGUGUUGUACGACAACUCCUCCAAACUGAUGAUAAUCCCUUCACAACCUCUUCAGGUUGUGUCAGCAACCAAGAAAUCGAGCUACAAAUGGCAGACAAACCUUGGACCCGUAUGCGUUGACUGGAAAGGUCGUUACUAUAAUGAUGAAAUGAGGGCCAAUAACCCUUUGGAUCCAGUUCGUCCCCAGGUAGAAGUGAGCCCGGAAUAUGACCAAACUUCUGGAACCCUUCCUAUUUCUGGGACUCCUAACGUUGACGGUAUCGUUGAGGCAAAGUAUUUUGUUUCUGUGGAUCAUGGCGCUAAAUCACACUGGGCAUUGGUUCCUAAUUUUACCAAACAAUCACUUUGCAUCUCUCCUAAGCUGUUUGAUGGUCACUCUUAUAAUAUUUCCAUAAAGAUUAAAGACAUUGUUAACAGCUCUGUAGAGGAAUCGGUACGAGUUUAUAUUGACUCGACUGGUCCUGAUGUCACAAACAUGUGGCUCGUGAAAGAUGGAAACAAGCAGGUGUAUGUUCACGACAGUCUCGACCUUUCUACCAUGGUGCUCCAGUUUGAUGUCAUAGACCCUCACAGUGGUAUCCAAUUCGUAGAGUGGUAUCUUGGCACCAAAGACUCAUCCGAAGACCUUGGCCAUGGAGUGCUGCCAGUAGAAAAACUCAAUGGAAAGCCAUGUCCAUCGAAUUACAGCUGCUACUGUCCCUCUAUUGGAGAGUGUCAGUUUCACAACUACUCUGUGAAAUUGAAUGGGCUUGUGGCAAACAAGACCAAUCAUGCUCAACACAACCAGGCCUUCUACUUCACGGUCGUGUCAACAAACGAAGCAGAUCUGCGGACCAUCGACCACCUGGACAUUCUUGUGGACACCUCUCCACCUGAAGCAGGGACCGUUAAAGAAGGAGGGGUGGACGGUCCUGAUGUGGACUACACAAGUGAGGAUACUGUGUUGGUCAACUGGGCAGGGUUUAUUGACCAUGAGAGUGGUAUCAACAACUACCUGGUCGGUCUGGACAUCAAGUGUCUGACACUUGACGAUAUGAAGAACAUUACAGAUGUGAUCAAUAUUCCAGGAAGCAUAAAUACAGCGCAGUUUACAAUUCGUGAAGAGACGAGCAAAUAUUAUGCAACCGUUGUAGCUUUCAAUGCCGCCCUAACUCCUUCAAAAGCCGCCUGUUCCGACGGAAUCAUCAGGGAUAUUUCACCACCAUCAUUUUACAAUGUCAUAUUGAGAUCUGCACAAACAUCAACUGAACAUGUUGUACGCCUGAAUGGGGAUCUCUGGCUUGUCAAAAGAAAUCUAACACUAAAUCUGUUACAGAAGACAAGUGAAUGUUCACAGAGAUGCAAAUCAGGGUCCACAUCAACGUUUGCUUACAUCUUUCCUAAGGUUAAUGGAAUCUUGAAUGAUACAGAAAUGGCCGAUAGCCUCUGCAGAUAUCUUCCAUCUUUUGAAGACUCUGUGAUCUUUCUUCCAUCUGACAAGAUAGAACUUCAAUGGAACUGCUCAGAGAAUGAAAGCCAAAUGCGAGAUUUCUCAGUAGGAUUUGGAUCUGACAAGACAGCAGUUCAUGAUCCAGAUAUUCUGGACUAUGCGUCGAGUAAAGGACGUCACUCUUUUAAGCUUAAUCAUGCUGGCUUUUCUGGGAAGAACAUCUUCUACAUUUUUCUAAAGGCAGUUAAUAAGGCUGGAUUGACUUCAGUUGUAACGUUUGGACCAGUGAUGAUUGACAAUACACCUCCUGCUGUUACUGAGAUUUUAUCACCAAAAUCAAGCGGUGAUUUUGUCAUUAUAACAUGGAACAAUAUGACCUUCACAGAUUCAGAGCAACAGGAUUCCCAAUUUACUGUUUUGUACAGAAUCGUGCAUGAUGGGGUUCAUGUCACACCUAUUCUCCAAACUCCAAAGCACAUCACAAAAGCGUGUCAGAUUCAGGGUCAUGCUGGUUGCAUCAGAUAUCCACUCACACGACUGCAAGAGAUGGACUCGGAGCUUAACAAACCAUUUCUCUUUGAACUGUAUGUGUACAAUUCUGCUGGCCAUUUCACUAUCGUCAACACAAAGAAGAUUACAGUGCCAUCCAGAUUCCCACCAGGACAUGGGAUCGUGUAUGACAUUGACCCAUUGCAUGAGGACAGUAAGGAUGAUGUUGAAUUUCAUUCCACACAAAACAAGUCCUGUGUUAAGUGGAAUGGCUUCCAUCAUCACGGAAUUGUCCAAUUUGAAGUGGCGUUGGGAGCUGUUGUAAAUGGAAGUGACAUUAGUCCAUUCAGAGUUGUAAACAACAAAAGUGUUUGUAUCACCUCACCAGGUCUCAAACCACGUGUGAACUAUUAUGCUACGGUAAGAGCAACCAGUUCAAGUGGUACAUCAUAUGCAUCAUCUGAUGGUUUCAUUAUUAUAGAUCAACCAUCUGAUGAACAAUUUCUCCUAAAGGUAUUUGAUGGAGUAGCAUGUGAUAUUAACAUUUACAACACCUUUGGAUUGGACCUAGACACAGAUACAACUUUAGACAUCAAUAUUACGAGGGCAUACAAAGCAUCUUCCUCUCUCGGUAUUGGUCAGAGAUACAUUGUUAAGUUUCAACAAUCCUUAAGUGGAAAAAUAAAGUCGGAUGAUGUUCUCUUCAAGUCGAAUGGAAAAAUGCAAGACUUGGCUACAUAUGAAUUUGUACCUUUGACACAUUAUCCCCGGUUCUACAUUACUGACUCUGCUGUUGACACCAACAACGCAACUAUUCACAUGUGUUCUCUGGACACUGAUUACACGUUGUCGAAGAACAAAGUGUCAUCUUACUGGACAUAUGCUGGUCCUUGGAAAGUGCUAACAACUCAUUUUGAAGCUGCCCUCAAGGAAAGAAUGCACUGCGAAAACCGGACACAAUGUUAUAAAACCCUAUCUUCUAUUAUUGUUGAUAGUGGCACUGACUAUGCAGACUUCACGAAUAUGGUCCUAGAUCCUGGCAAGGUGUAUCAAGUGUUUGUGAGGCCCUGUUUUGACAGUGUGUGUUUACCAUGGAAACAUUCAGAUGGUGUUAAGGCUAUCACUGGACUGCCAAAAGUAACAAUGACAGCAUCCUUCACCAAUAGAUCCAAAUCAUCUUGUCAUGCUGUGACAAUUCACGUUGAUAGUAUUGAAUGUGAAGCAGAACCAGAAGAUGGAAAGACAAUCAUCUAUCAGCGGUCAGUUGCAGACAAACGUAACAAUCCGUUAACUUUCUGGCAAACGGACCAGUCACUCGCCACAGGAAAGUCUGACAUCUGUAUUGAGGACCAUGUUCAGUCUCACAGUGUCAUCAGCAUUUGUGUCAGAGUCAUAUGUCCAUCUGGGCUGUCUGAUACAUCGUGUAGAACUCUUCAACAUACUAGGAAAGAAGGGAACAGACUUGUUGAAGUGGACCAAAAGGAUGUUCCAAAAAUUAUCAAAAUGAUGGAGAAGCUGCAAGUUUCAAAUCUUCCGUCUUUUGAUACUGACAUUGCCGAGUCUAACAUUAAACUGGCGGGAGUUAUGCAUGGACUACAAGGCCGGACAUCCACCUGGUAUUUGAUGACAGACCCUCACAUUCCACCUGAUUGUAAAUCUGAUGACAAAUGUAUCACCAGUGUAGAUAAAGUAGGACCAGUUGCUAAGUUUCAUGGUCGAUAUUUAAUGGAUGGCAUGAAAUAUUAUAUAUGUGUCCAAAGCGAAAACACUCGAUUAACAAUAUCUGAAUGUGGAGAUGGUGUUAUCAUAGAUGACAGGCCCCCUAUCAAAGGUGAUGUUUGGGUGGUGAACCAACAAAAUGGGUUCCUUACAGAAACGGAUGUUCUGGUUAUGGCUUGGUCAGGUUUCAAUGAACAAGAAUCCAUCUUCAAUAGCAUUGAGUCAGGCAUAACUCACUUCUCAGGUGCCAUAGGUACUUACCCAGGAGGCCAGGAUGUUCUGAUCUUCACAAAUGUUGGCUUUGUACACACCGCAUACUUUUGGAACAUCACAUUGGAGAAUGGCAAAACCUACUAUGCAAAUGUGAAAGCUUAUGAUCGACUUGGACACUCAACAUCAGCAACAUCUGAUGCUGUUAUGGUUGAUGUUACACCACCUAAGACAGGCGAUAUCUUCAUUGGUGACACUCUUGACAGUCAUAGUGUGGUGUCAGGAGACAGGUUGACUGUCCAUUGGGCCGGAUUCGAAGAUCCUGAGUCUGGCAUCCUUUCAACAUAUCUCUCUAUAGGAUCGACCAGCACUGGAACACUGUCGCCUUCAACGAAAUAUACGAAGACAUUUGCAGAUAUUCACAUGAAGAAGUUCACUGAUGGACAUGGAUAUUUUGCAAAACUAAUGAUUACAAAUCGAGCUGGAUUGACUUCUACAGCAGUGUCCAACACCUUCACUGUGGACACGUCACCACCUACUAAAGGUGUUGUUGCAGAUGGGGAAAAUGCAAACAAGGUGGAGCUAGACUACCAGAGUUACACUGACAGGUACAGUUGUCACUGGUCUGGAUUUGAUGAUCCCCACUCUGGGUUGUCCUCCUUCCAUGUUAGUCUUGGGACUCAGCCCUAUCUGGAUGAUGUAGAGACAGACACACAUACAGGAUUAGGAACAGAAAUGUCAUGGACUGGAGACUUGCCUCUCGGGAUAAAGUUCUACUGCAGUGUUGAGGCUUGUAACCAUGCAGGUCUUUGCUCAAAGUCUGUAUCAGAUGGGAUCAUUCUGGACAACUCGCCUCCAGUACCUGGCAUAGUUUUUGUGGGACAUGAUGGACUGCAUCGCAAAUAUAAUGGACACGUUUCCACUCUCACCGCACGAUGGUUUGGAUUUGAGGACCCAGAAACAGGAAUCAACCACUUCGCCUGGUGUGUUGGAACAUCCACGGGAAAAUGCGAUGUCCUUCCAAGUAUUAACAACCUCCUUUCUGACUCAGUUCUUAAAACUGGUCUUAAGCUGCCAUCUGGUCAUCCCCUGUAUGUUACUGUCAAUGCUACAAACCAAGCAGGUCUAGUGGCCACAUCCACUUCAGACAGUUUCAUCGUUGACGCAUCCUCACCAGUAGUAACAGAAAAACCUACGUUUACAUCACCCUACUCUAAAAACAUAUCUGCUGUGAAUGUGCAGUGGGAGAACUCCAUGCUUCAUCUUCGAUGGAAGUUCACAGACGUUGAUAGUCCAAUUCAAAGGCACAUGGUGUCUCUGUCUACUCAUCACGAUGGAUCAUCUGCUAUUGAAAAUAUACACAUUUGCGCUCAGGACUCCACCACCAUCCUCUUCAAAGCAGGGAAUCUAAUGAGAAGUGGAGAUGUCUACACGGCCACUGUCACUGCCUGUAAUGCUGCAGACCUCUGCUCCACAGCCACAAGUAACCAGAUUCGUAUAGACUCUACUCCCCCACAUCUGGGAGGAUUCGAAUCGCCAAUGGUAUGGGAAAGUAUCACAGACACAGGUGUAACCAAGACACGUUUCAACCUGAUAUGGCUUGGCUUUACAGACACUGAAUCUGGAAUCCAGGCCUAUUUUAUCUCUGUUAGUCGAACAUUUGAUGGUACUGAACUGUCGAACGGUAUUGCUGAAAUACCACAUGACAAACACACUACUGAACAAUCAUCUUCUUUCAUACUCAGUGAUCAGAUCAGAACUGGAGAAAAUAUAAUCCUGACGAUCUCAGCAACAAAUACCGCUGGCCUAUCAAGUGCAGUAGGAAAGGUGACGGUGGCAGUUGUUGCCACUGAUGUGAAACAUACAAAGGGGAUGUUGGAACUCCAACGCCACUCAUGCUCAGUUCAUUACUGCACUGGGGACUGCACAUGUGCUGUUUUAGGACAGCGUUGUCUGCUGACUUCAACACAGCAGAACUGCACUGAUACAACCAGUAAACUGAAGAGUACCGACAUAGUUGUACAUCCUGGUCUUGAGGCAGAUACUACAGUUACCAGCUCAUCAUCAUGUCUAACUGCCCAUUGGGAGGCCUCUUCAUCGCAGGUAUUAAACUCAUUCACUCGAUUUCAAUGGAGCAUUGGGAAAAAAGGAAAAUCACCAGGAGUUGGAAUAUUUGAUCUCAAAACUGAAACUGUAUGGCGGGAAAUAGGGAAACGUACCAGGCUUAUACACUGCCUUCCUCGAGGACGAUCACUUCAGCAUGGAUCAGAAUAUAUCAUCCACGUGAAAGCCUGGUUUAGCUUCAGUGAUUACGCUGUGUUCCAGUCUCAUAGUAUCCUGGUUGACCACACACCACCUGCAGUUCAGAGGGCUAAGUCACCCCUGGAUUCAGAUGGGUCUUGCAAAAUGGACUUGGAAUAUUUCAGUCAUGGACAAACAGUAUUAUCGUGUUGGGAAGGAGUGUUCAACGACACACAAACAACAUUGACAGGCUUUGAAAUUUGGGUUGGAACGUCACCUGAAGGAGAUGACACCAUACCACAAACAUCCGUGGGUAAACAAACUUCAUAUACGAUUCCUCUGGCAUACCUGAAAAGUGGUACGAAAUACUACAGUAGCAUCAGGGCAACCAACUCGGCUGGUCUGCAGACUAUAGCAGUGUCUGAUGGUUUUGUAGUUGAUGAUACACCACCUGUAGUUGGAGUAGUCUUCAACACUGACCGUCACAAGAACAUCGAGUUUCAGUCAUCCAACACAACACUGAAGGCUUCUUGGCAUGGAUUUGAAGACUAUCAUUCCUAUGUUCAGAGAUUUGAAAUCGCGAUUGUAAAAGAGGGAGAACAUAUCCUGGACUCCAUGUUCAAGUACCAUGGAAUGGAAAAUGAGAUCACCAUAGAAAAUCUAAAACUAGAAGAGAAGAAGAGGUAUCGCAUUGCAGUCAGAGCAGUUGAUGCUGCAGGCCUUCGCAGUAGUACUGCUGAGUCGCCAAGCAUACUGAUUGACACAUCAGCUUCAAAAGCCUUUCAAUGCACAUCUUUUCUUGACAGGACAUCGAACUUUACUUCUGCUAAUUACACAUAUCUUCGGCAUAAUUCCAUUCUACUUCACACCUCUGAAUAUCUGCAGAAGAAAACAUUCUAUCAGAUGAGGGUUGUGGGCGACUUGAACAUCCACACGACAAAUGUCAUUUUUACAGUUGGCAAACUUCAUAUUCCGGCUAUGUUUGAGAAGAAAACUGUACAAACACUGGCAUCGCAUAGCUUCCUGGCCCCCAAUUCCGGCCCUACUAACAUAAGUAUAUCAAUCACCGGCACUAAUAUAUCAGAUGCCUUAGAUGUAACACUCAGUGAAUGUCAAAACAUAGUAGAGACCAAUUCAGAAAAUGGCAUCACAGUUUGGCAAAUUCGACCGUCUGUUGUUGCUGUUUGUGCCAGGGUAAUAGAUCAAGAAAGCGGGACAAGAAGUGUGUGGCUUGGAGCAGGAACAAGCAAGGGAGGAUACCAGAUCCGUGCCUUGUCUCCAACGUCUGUCAGCAACCAUGAAAUGAUUCUGGUGGAAGAGCCACAUGGUAGCCCUGUUCAUGUUACGGUGAUGGCAGAGAACAAUGCUGGUCUCAGAACCAUCUUCACAUCCAAGCCAAUCACCAUCGACCACACUCCACCAGAGAUUAGGUUUGCAUCAUCAAGCCUUGAAUACACAGAAGGAUCUAAUACUGUUUCUAUUAAGAUGACGUGGGAGGUCGAAGAUGACGAAAGUGGAAUAGACUGGUGCUUAUGUACAUAUGGAACCCCACAUACUUACGAGCCUAUUUGGAUGCAGUCACUGGCAAUGACUAGUUGUGAAAUCCAGAAUAUCCCUGCUCCUCAAGGCAGUUUCCUCUAUGCAUGGGUCCGUUGUCUCAACAAUGUAAACAUGGAGACAACUAUCACUUCAGAAGCCCUGCAGGUUGUAUACCACCCUCCUGCUCUCCCGCUAAACUCUUUGAAAGUCCUUGUGGACAAUCAGAUAUCUUCAGGACUCGUCUCGACUACCACACAACCUUACACCGACCACAUAGAGUUCGUUUGGCAGAAUGGGAACACUCCUGAGAUCUGGGGCAAUGAAUGUCGCCUUCUAGAACAUGGUAGACCUGUAGCAGAUUGGGUAUCUACAGGAAAGAAGACCUAUGCAACACUUGACGGGUUGAGUCUCCAAGAUGGACAUGUGUAUGAAAUCCAGGUCCGCGCUGUGAAUGGCAGGGUCCAGUACAGCAAUAUCCUCAACAGUACCAUAACAGUCGAGAGCCGGUCGCCUUUGAUCACAGGGGUCGAGCCCACGGCAACACUGGUGAAUGGACACCUCACGGUAGACUGGUCAAAUGUGUUUGACAGUUUCAACAUGAAGACUGAAUAUGAUGUAACCAUUGGUACAAGACAAGGAUUUGCAGACAUAAUUCAACAAAAGGUUACCACAGAUACUUAUCUGCUUGCAACAACAUAUACAAAUGAACCUGGCGUCUUUGUAACAAUCAAAGCAAAUACCGAAACUGGGAAAUUCGGCAUUUAUUCACACUUUCUAGCCCUUUAUUAGCUGCAAAGGUAAUUUAAUUGAAGCUUGCUUGAAAUGAAUUGUGUUGUUGUUUUGUUGAUCCAUGUCCAUAUAAUUAAAUAAUUAAACCAUCACAUGUCUCAAAUUGGAAGUGUAUUGUGUUUUUAAUAGAGGAAAUAUUUGCUUGUUUUUUGGUGUAAGUAUGUCUGCUUUGCUUUUAAAUAAAUGAAGUCAAUAUAAAACUGUUAA